AUGACCGAUUUUCCUACAGGGGUUGAUAUACCCUCCAUGACUACUCCUGCAGUUAUUUCGGAACCUGACGGAUCUCAGCCUGAGGGGACCUCCGUUGGUAUUGGAUCUCGAUCAUCUCUAUAUGAGCACGUUCGCGCCCUCUUGGCCGAUACCGAUCCUGACAGAGACAUCUUCCGUACCGACCUCGGCUUUUUUACCGCCUUUUUUAACGGCAUGAUCGAGAAACUGCUUCAUCGAGGAUAUUAUUUUGAUCAGUUCAGGCGCUCCUUUUCUCGUCACAUGAUGAUGUUUAUAGAAGAAGGGUAUCCAGGGUUAGCUGAUUCUUUCAUUGCCGAUUUUGCUGCUCUGGAGUCGGAGAUCCGAGAGUUGAAGGAAUUGAAGGCUAAUGGAGCUUCUUCCUUCGUGUCCUCUCAGAUGGAGCAUAGGCUGGCAGAGUGGCGCGACCUGAGAUCUUCCAUCGGCAGUGAGCUUCAGUCACAUGAGCAUUCAGUUGCGCAGCUGAUGGCUACUGUGGCGAGGAAGGAUACAGAUAGGGCCGAGCUACUCCGCUCUUUGGAUUCCGGCCGCGAGGAAUUGGCUAGGUUGAAGGAGGCCUUGAAGCACGCCGAGGAGUCUAUUACUAUCAUUGCAGAAGACCUGGCUGGAGUAGAGCAUUCUCGUGGACAGGCCCUCGAGAAGCUAGGAUCUGCACAGGAGAGAUUGAUGAAGCUGAAGAAUGAAGCCGUGAAGAUCUUGAGCAGUUCUGAAGAAUCCGUCCGAGCUGGUCUGCAGGCAUAA